UCCCACCCCCCCAGUCCAUCUACCCCCCCAUGCUGAGCCGGGGGCCGCCGCGUCACCACCACGUUGUCACCUACCUCCUGCUGCUCUGCCGGGAGCCACACCAGCGGCUGGAGGCCAGGAUGUGUCCCAACGAGAGCGAGGUGAGCGCCUUCGCCUGGCUGGAGCCCCGGGUCCUGGCGGCCAUCGCGGCCACGGCGGAUGGAGAGGAGACCUUGGCCAACGUCCCCAGCGACCUCCCGGCCACCAUCAGCAUCACGGAGAUACGGGGGGGUUGCUCCAGCAGCACCCUCCUCCCCACGGGCACCCUCCUGGCCACGGCGCCGGCCCACGGGGAGGACGUGGAGCGCGUCAGCACCGGCACCAAGUUCGCCCUUCGGCUCUACCUGGAGGCCCUGGGGGACAAGGGACAGGGACAGCCCCAGGGUGGCAUCACCCCACUGCCCCACGGAAGGGAAUAAAGGUCCUCCCCACGGGGAA